AUGCGUCCCUUUGUUCUUGUCUUUGGUCUGUCUCUGGCUGUGCUGAUCGGUCAAAGCGAAGCCAUGAUUCCCGCAUACUCAGUCUCCGCCCUCCGCCUAGCAUUCGACGAGAUCUCCACCGUCUUACCUAUAGCCAAUCAACUCGCCUGUCUCCUGAUCCCCUUCCUCAUCAACUUGAUCAACAACCUCAACAACUUAUCUAACAUUGUAUCCUCUAACAACGGACUCAACGGAUCUCCGGUAAUUCCGGCCCAAACAUAUCCGUUUUACCAGCAAAAUGGCUACCCAAACCAGCCAAGCGAUUCUACACCUUAUUUACAAAGUACGAUGGUUCAAAAUCAAGCACUAUCACCAAACUUAUCUCCUUCUAACAUACGGCAAAUGUUAAUAAAUAAACUUUUGUCGAACCAGCUUUUGCAAACGAAUUUCAACCCUAAUGCUGGGGGUUAUGGUUCGAAUUUGGUUGGGUAUCCUACUAAUCCGAUAGCUGCUAAUACCGGUAAUGCUUACUACGGAGCUCCAUUAGUUGAAAAUUAUCAAACACCAAGUACGAAUAAAGAUGUUACACCCACAGAGCCUAACACAGAAGUAAAACACAAAAAACAUAAAAGAAGAAGAUCAAAAUCUAGAAGGAAACCUGAUGAAUCUAAUAACAAUAAUGAUCCUAUUGAAAAAGUAGACGAUACAGAAGAUACUGAUGCAGAAUUACCUCAAAAGACCAAGAAACGGUCGCGCAAACGCAACAAAGAUUCUCCCAUACAGGACACUUCAACAACACAAACUGAAAACGAAACCAGACAGAAUUCUAGAACUAAAAAGAGAAAGAAUAAGGAAAAUGAAGAAGGCAGUGCUCCUGCUGAAGAAUCAAAGGUCGAAAAUCCUAGACCCAGGAGACGUCGUAAGAAAAAGCCAAAAUCAGAAAGCAAUGAUGUUGAAAAAGUGCCUUCUGAAAAUAUAGUACCCAAACAUUCUACGCCCUCUAAAGCAGCAAAGGUAAAACAAGAAGAUUUAAAUAUAGAAAAAGAAGGAAUUACAGAAGAGAACAGAGUUGCUAGAAAUUCAAAACCAGAAACAAAUGAACUAUCAAAAUUAAUACCAAAUCUGCCAGAAGGUUUUGCCAACGCUUUUAAUUUUAACGGAAUGCCACAAUUUCAAAAUAAUCCUGCUAUGAGUAGUUUCUUGGCUAAUUACGAAAAUAUCUACCAAUCUUUGAUGCCUAAAGCUCAGGAGCCAGCGAACGUUAAGAAAAAUAACAAAGUACCAGCUAAGCCUAGACCACAGCAGAGAAGAAAACCUGUAGUAAAAAGUAAAAAUGCAACAAGAACUGUUGAUACACCUAAAUCAGCAAACUCUAGUACUCCACUAGAGUUUACUGCAGUAACUCCUAAAAUAAAUGUAGUCGCCAAAAAUAAAACGAUAUACAUCGAUGGUAUCAAGCGACCGAAUACCAACCCAAUGCCAAAGAAUGAGAGUGCUAAAUCGAAUGACGAACCGCCCAAAGUAGAAGCAGUUACUGACGAAGAAUUGAAAAACGAUAAAACAGUUGAUGAUAACGAGGAAGUCGAUAUUGAAAAUGACAAUAAUAAUGAAGAUGGUGAUAAUAUUGAUUUCGAAGUUCCUCCCGAUCCAGAUUACAGUAAAGGAUACAUAUCUGACUAUUACCCACAGUUUGCAGACAGCAUGGUUAACACAGCAAAUAAUAAAGAGGUUUACAUAAAAAACUUAGGUGACACUAAAUAUUAUUAUGCAGUCGAUAAAGGAAACGGUGACAUUGGCCGAAUGCGAUUUGAAAGUUUCACACUCCCAGAAAGAGUACCAAAAGACUAUGAAAAGAACAAAAAAUAUGAAGAAAUAGAACUGGCAAGCGUUAAAAAUGCAAGUAAACCAGCUAUUAAAGAAAAUAGAGAAGAAGUUUUAGAAUUUCGUAGCCCACCACUUGUAGAAACCGUUGAUUUUGAAACUAGAAAAGUUGAAAGACAUAACACCAAUACUGAUCAUUACUAUAACUACAGUGACAAUGAAAAUGAUGAUAAAGAUCACAGAUAUAUAGGAGACAAAUCUUCUAUCUAUUCUGAUGUUAAAGCAUAUCAUACUGGUUCAAACGACAAUGCAAUUAAAAGAAAUAAUGAAAAACAAAAGAAAGAUAUCGAAACAGUAUUUGCUAAGUCCAAAGUUGUGAAGUACGGGCCAGGUUAUAAUCCUAAUGAUCAAGCUAAAAGUAGCUCUAAUGAUGAAGGAAUAACGUAUAUUUUGGCUUCUCCAGUGGAUGAACCUGAAUUUUAUUGGUAGAAAAAUCUAUGAGAAAGUUUGGAGAUGUUAAAAUUAUUAAAAUAUAUGGUGUGUUGUUCAAAAUUAGCGUGUUGACUGAUUUGUUGUUUUAAUAAUUAAUUUUUGUGUGUAAGUAUUAAAUUAUUUUAUUUAU